AUGGCGAUAGUGUUUGACAAAGUGGUUGAGGAUUUGGCAUCCAAGGUGGUAAACAAAUUUGUCCAAACUGUAGCAGCCAAUAUGGAGCUGGUUAGUGGCAUAGGUUCUGCAAUUGCAGAUCUAACCUCCGACAUCGAAACGUUUAACGCCAGGCUGGUCGAUGUAUCCAAGAACCAAAAUGCCAGCGGAGUCCAAGUUCUGAGAGUAGCGGUGAAAAACUUCCGAAUUGUUGUGGAUGAAGCCCAGGAUGCGGUUGCCAAGUACAUUGCUCUCAACAAGAAGCAUGAAGACAAUGCCGCUGCAAAAUGUUUCGAUAAAAUUCCAUAUCCAGUUUGGGGAAACAUCAAUGCCUGUGCAAAAGAGAUUCAGUUCAUCAGGGGAAAGAUGAAUAAGCUUCUCCAAACCCAUGAAAAAGACCUUAUAUCCUACACGAACUACCAGAGCAUGGGACAAGAUAAAGAUAUGCAACCUCUCCAGCCAAUUGUGGAGGAAGGUAAUGCAACGGGCUUUGAAGAUGAAGUGGAAACUCUAAGAACUCGUCUCACGGGACCAUCCAAUAAUUUUAUUGUCAUUCCAAUUGUGGGGAUGCCUGGGACCGGAAAAACUACGUUGGCUUACCAAAUCUUUCACAACACAAACAAACUGAACACGUUUGUCCAUACCAUCUGGGUUCAUGUUUCACAAAGCUUUGACAGAAAACAGAGGUACAUUGACAUGUUAUGUGAAAUUACCAAGCGUCCGAGAGAUGAAUAUUCCGGCAUACGUGAGGAUCAGUUGGUAGCAGGAAUAAGGGAUCGUUUAAAGGAUAAAAAGUAUUUCAUUGUGUUGGAUGAUAUAUGGGAAAAAAAUGAUUGGGACUCUUUAGUUGCGGCGUUGCCUAAAAACUCUCAAGGAAGCAGAGUUUUGGUGACCACCCGAUUUCUCAAAGUGGUUGAUUCUGAAGAGAAACCGCAUAUCCUAAAACCAUUGGACGAUAAGGUGAGUUGGGAGAUCCUGGAAAAGAUUGUUUUUGGAAAAGAUGGAUGUCUGAAUGAAUCAUUGAAAACUCUGGGAGUAGAAAUAGCAAAAAGAUGCAAAGGACUGCCACUUUCUCUUGUAAUGUUGGGUGGCAUCCUACGUAAAAGUAGAGCUCAUGCUUACUGGAAACGUGUGGCUGGAAAUCCUUUUCAAGAAAUUAAUAGAAAAGAUCAAAGCUACCACAAAGUAGUAAAGUUGAGUUAUGACCAUUUGCCUCAUGAGAAGUUGAGAAAUUGUUUCUUAUAUUUUGCAUCUUUUCCCAUGGGACAAGAGAUUGGUGCUUUGAAGUUGAUUCGUUUGUGGAUUGCAGAAGAAUUCAUUCCGACAAUAGAUGAAUGGGGAUAUAGUUUGGACUUGGAAGGUGAAGCUCAAAAUUAUCUGAAAGAGCUUGUUGAUAGGAAUCUAGUGAUAGUAAUGAAAAGAAGUGCGGAUGGUGAAAUCAAAACAUGCCGCAUCCAUGACUCAUUGCACGAGUUUUGCAAAACUGAGGCUGCAAAGAAUGAUCUCUUCCACAUAAUAGAUGGGGAACAAAAACUAGAUGCAAAUACUAUUUCAUCCCAUCGUCGUCGUCUUUGUUUCCACUCUUCAUUAGCUUCUACUACCAAGAUAUUUGAUGUGGAAGACGAUCCAUCUUAUUUGUUCCUAAAUUCCUACAACAAAAUGAAGAAGAAGAGUCCAUAUCCAUCUGCUGAACAUGUCCACUCUUUGUUGUUGUGUUCCUCACAAAAGAAUGAUAUUGAAUUGAAACAAGAGGAGCUGAUAGCUAUCCCGAAUGCCUUUCCACUUCUUAGGGUGUUGGACAUUGAAUCCUUCAAGCUUAGCUUCCAGCUACCUAAUGAGCUUUUUAGCCUGAAUCUUCUCAAGUAUCUUGCUAUCACAACUAAUGUCAAUCUCCUCCCCAAGGCAUUCAAAAAUCUUCGUGAGCUGCAGACUCUAGUGAUCAAAACCAUAGAAGGGACAGUACUAGAAAUCAAAGGAGGCAUAUGGAAUAUGGAAAAGUUAAGGCAUGUGCAAACCAAUGCCUCCAUGCAAUUACCUUCUCCUCCUCAAAAGACAUGGCGGCGAAAUAACACUAGAAAAUCAAAUAUCUACACAUUAUCUUCAAUAUCACCAGCAUGUUGCACGAAAAAGAUCUUCAGCAAGACUCCCUAUCUCAAAAAAUUGGGUGUUCGUGGGAAUUUAGCAAAGCUUUUGAAGGAAAAUGAAGAAAUUUGUUUGUUCAACAAUCUUCAAAUGCUAAAGUGCCUUGAAAACUUAAAGCUUUAUGGGCAGGAUGAGAAUGCAUUAAAGGUCCCGAUGCUGAACAAGUUUGCGCAUAAGCUUAGAAAGUUGACUUUUUGCAAAACCUUUUUUAAAUGGGAUGACAUGAGAAUUUUGGGAUCACUGGAAAAGCUGGAGGUACUCAAGUUGGAUGAAAAUGCUUUCAGAGGGAAGUGCUGGAAUCUAAAAAGUAAUGUUGUUUUCAAGCAACUCCAAUAUUUGCGCAUUGGAAGGACAAACUUGGAGACUUGGACAAUUGUGGAGAAUAGCUUUCCAGUUUUAGAAAAUCUAGUCCUAAGGAACUGCACCUAUCUAGAAGCAAUCCCAUCUGCGUUUGUUCAAGUACACAACCUUAAGUUGAUAGAACUGUAUCACAUGAGUGAAAAUGCAAUCAAUUCUGCAAGAGAGCUGCGUGGCAAGGAAAACGUCAAGGGAUUGGACCUUAAAAUCACCCCUCUCCCGCCAAAAGCAACGGUAAUUCUCUACCAUAGCUCUUCUCUUGAUUAUAAUAUUUUUGCAUACUACGAUACCUUCUCCGUUGGCGGCUACGAUUGGGCCGUCUACUUUUACCCCGACGGCAAGAACAUCGAGGAUUCCUCCAUCUACGUUUUCGUUUUCAUCGCGCUCGCCAGCGAAGGCAUCGAUGUCAGGGCCUUGUUUGAGCUCACCUUUAUGGAUCACGCCGGCGUCGAUCCUGUUGCUCGACGGCGACUUCUUGAGCACGCCGGCGUCGAUCCAUUUGUUGGGUUUGGAUCACUGUACAGAAGACUUCUACCUGGAAAGCAUAUCCAAAAGUAUUCACAUCCACUGUACCACCAUGCCAUUUUAGUCAUUUCACAUGGAUGA